CCAACGACAAAAUUCCUCCGUCUCUCGUCACAUUCUUUCCUCCAUUCCAUUGAGGACAACUCCUCCCUCCCUCUUUGGUUUCCCUCCCUCUCUCUCUCAAUAAAUCCACUCUCUACUCACAAAUUCAUUUAUCUGCUCACAUUUAUGCACCACUAACCCCCCCCUCUCUCUAUAUUUAUUUCUUUCGAAUGGCGGGUUCAAGACCCACCACCUCAAUAUCACAAACAUCUUCUGCCAAUGUUUUUACUUCGCGUUUAUUAUUACUUCUAACUCUUCUUCCAUUAACCUUAGCCGCUUUUGCAUUUCUUCUUCAAUGGCGGGGCGGGUUGACCGACCCCAUUACCCGGUGGUCUCCUGAUCACCACGAGUUUCCCGGAAUGGAAUCUACCAGUGGGUCGAUUAAGGAUACGGUUAGGAAUUUGGGUUCAGGGUGUACGGAUCUUCUGGGUCAGAGUCAUUCCCUUUCCUUUCCUUAUUUUCGUGAUUGGAAAUUCGGGUUCGGGUCGGAUCUGAAACCCAAGAUAUGUAUAACAACAAGCACCUCUGCUGGCUUAGAGCAGACUUUACCAUGGAUUUUUUAUCACAAGGUUAUGGGAGUCUCAACUUUUUUUCUUUUUGUGGAGGGGAAAGCUGCCUCCCCCACUGUAUCUAAAGUCUUGGAAACGAUUCCGGGGGUAAAAGUUAUAUACAGAACAAGAGAAUUAGAGGAACAACAAGCUAAAAGUCGGAUCUGGAAUGAGACUUGGUUGGCAAGCUUCUUCUACAAACCAUGUAACUACGAGCUAUUUGUGAAGCAAUCCCUCAAUAUGGAAAUGGCUAUUGUCAUGGCAAGGGAGGCGGGUAUGGACUGGAUUAUCCAUCUUGACACCGAUGAGCUCAUUCAUCCUGCUGGAGCUCGUGAAUAUUCCUUGAGACAGUUGCUCUCAGAUGUGCCUGGAAAUGUUGAUAUGGUUAUCUUUCCAAAUUACGAGAGCAGUGUUGAGCGAGAUGAUAUCAAGGAACCUUUUAGUGAGGUCUCAAUGUUCAAGAAGAACUAUGACCAUCUUCCCAAAGAUGUAUACUUUGGAAAUUAUAAGGAAGCAACCCGUGGUAAUCCAAAUUAUUUUUUGACAUAUGGGAAUGGGAAAUCUGCUGCUCGUAUUCAAGAUCAUCUUCGUCCUAAUGGCGCACACAGAUGGCAUAACUAUAUGAAAACACCCAAUGAGGUUAAAUUGGAGGAGGCUGCUGUUCUGCAUUACACAUACCCUAAAUUUUCUGAUUUGACUUCGAGACGUGAUCGGUGUGGAUGCAAGCCUACAAAGGAGGAUGUCAAAAGAUGCUUCAUGUUGGAAUUCGACAGAGCUGCAUUCAUAAUUGCUUCAACAGCAACUGAGGAGGAAAUGCUUCACUGGUACCGGGAACGCAUUGUGUGGACUGACAAAGCACUGAACCUGAAACUCUUGAGAAAAGGCAUCCUGACCCGCAUCUAUGCUCCCAUGGUUAUUGUACAGAGACUUAGGGAAACUGGUGUUUUUACCUCUGUGAUAGCAUCGGCACAGAAGGUCUUGUCAUCAGUUACGAACUCUUCCACAGCUGGAGUUGCUACCUCAAGUAAGAUUGGCCAUGAUGGAGAAUCUAAGGCAACUGCAAGAAGGGUCUUGCAGAUCCCUGACAACGCCUCUUUUUCUUCAGCAAUUCCACCCCUAUCUCCUCCUGGCCUGGAAGGUAUUUACAUGGAGAUGUGAUCGCAUUACAUGCACAUUAACCCUUACCCCCUUCUCGCUGGUCGUGUUAUUGAUUGAAGAGGUAUGUAAAGUUCUUGACAAUAUUGAUGAGCAAGAACUUGAGGUAGCAAGAAAAGCAGUUAUCACUGUUGAGAUGGGGCACUUCGAUGUGCAGUUUCAUGGGGCUCUUUCCCGAUCAUUACCCAAGCGCUGAUGUACAUUUUGGUUUAGAUAUUAGGUUCUGUAGAGUGAGAGGUGUAGAGCGAGAUUCUGAUUAUACAUCUUGAUUUUUGUCGUCGUGGUAGUUUUUCUGGUUGCCAUAGCUGAUUGCGUGCAGUUGUAAUCUGAAGCCCCUGCUAAUCCAAUUGCUGGUUUACACGCUGUAUGGGGGAAACAUAUAACAGCAUACGUUCCCCAUUCAAGAUACGAAAGGUGGACUUUUUCGUUCA